AUGCAGCAGGGUGGACAGAACAACAAGCGUGCAGCUGUAAUUCACGAUUCAAUUGAAUCCGGUGACAGCCAAAGCCUCGCUUUGGAUCCUGAGCAGACUGAUGCACGUGCUAUCUCGGAAGCACCACCACCAAGCCAGGUAAUGUUGAAAUUGAUGUUGUGAUUCUUCAAUACUUGAAAGUAGCAGCAGGUAGAAGAAGAAGAUGAAGAUCAUCAACAUCUGAUUCCGAUCAAGGACGAAAACACAGGGGAACAGGAUGAACAGAAGAAAGAACGACAGGUGGAUCGAGGAAUAGAAGCGAUAUAAACGGGUCUUGGGCUCGUACACGAUUCACGAAGCAGAGAACAAGACCAAGAACUACACGACGCUGAAGCUUCUUCAACUGAAGAACCUUUACAUCACGAAGAUGCCAGCCGGUUCGUACUAUUCUAAUCGCGCUUAUAAGCGCUCUGGCAAGAUGCUUCGGCGCACCCGCGAGUGCUGUGCGACCUUGUACGAGAUCGCUAGUGUCUGUGCAAAAUUCAUUGCUCGUGUCGUGAAAAAUUUCUGUCGGAGAAGCACGUAUGAGACACUGAGGGAACUUGAGCACGACGACUCUUGGUCUUGGGAAUUCGACGUGGCCAAUAGCAUGAUGAAUCAACAACAGACCACCUAUCGUGGUCCUCCGGAGGACGACGUCGCUAUGAGAAAUAACUACAACGACAUGUUUAUUCACAACAACGCACCAAACCCAACAGUGUAUGGCUUCUAUGGAGGUGGAGGUGGAGCGGCAGCAGCAAGAGGACACGAGCAAAACAACCUCUUUUAUGCUACCGGAAACACGGUCACGGAGAGCGAGAAUAUGAGCAACAAGUUCGUGAUGCCUCCACCAGCACCACCCAGUAUGUUCCAACCACGCAGAAUUGGAAUUGGUAGUACGAUGACGGGUACCAGCAUGAGCAUGACCAUGACGACUAAUGCUAAUGAUAACGGAGGAACGACUGCGAAUCACGGAUUUGUGCCUCUCAACAGUUUUUCAUCCUUGGGCAAGAACAAUCGUAGCAAUAUCACCACAGCUACUCCAACAACAAUGAUGAGGACGCCACCAAGAACGCGAGGACAAGCACACCAGUCGCAAUGAAUGCAGAGCUGUAUGCUGGUACUACUACAAGUCAUGUACUAGACAUCUUCACGCCUCAGCAAGACGAAGUGCCACUAACCCUUUCUCUAGUACAACAACUACGUCACUACAACACCAACGUACUACCAACGUAUUAGAAGAACUAGUGGAAAUUAUAGUAAAAUUCCUUCUCACGACUAGACCAAUCUCUUUCUCUACUCUCGCUCUAUCAGGACGUCUGGGCAAACCAUUCGAUGUAUCAACGAUUAGUGCGCGCAGAGAGACCGAAUCCGAACGACCCUAGUGUCGGCAGAUCGAAGCGUUUCCUCAGCAUUGCGGGAAACCAAGAGGAGCAACUUUCCUCCUCGAUCCUCACUUACGGCAAGCAAGAAGAUGCAUUCGCAUUUGUCAACAUUUUCUUGCGAUAAGUAGAAUAAGUUCCGUCUAGUAUCACUUGUAGCACGCUUCCUCUUCAAGUAUCUGGUUUGAGUAUGUAGAGUAAUAUCCUACGUGUAGUGAGUAAUAUCCUACGUGUAGAAGUGCAACACGAACACUUUUGUGUAUGGUUCUGGUAUUUUUGGUAUAGCCUGAAUUUGAUCCUAAGGGUUCUCUUCUUGUUUUCCCUUAUGAUCAAAUUCAGGUUACCAAAUACCGGAGCCAUUCAUUUUGGAUAUGUGCAAAAAAUGUUACGAUCGAUCGCUUUCAGCUCUAACCAACGCGCGCGCUUGCAAGAGGGACAGCUGACUUGACGGCAAAGUGGAACACUAGCUCAGUAACGUCUGCUGAGAUGAAGCAGACUGCAGGACGAGUAUCUUCAACAUGUCAACAUACGAAGAAAAAGAUACGCUUGGUGAAGGAGUAUCCUAGGUUUCGCUUGUGCUUUCUCGAAGAUGACAGUUUGAUGCUUUUGCCAAGAGAACAUCCGGAAGCGCGUCUUAUCCAGACCGACACUGAGGUCCAGACCGACACUGAAGUCUCUGUUGACGUUAAGACUCGUAGCAUGACGAGGAAGACAGUCCUGACUGAAAAGGCUGAAGGAAUGAACUGACUAAGUACUUACAAGAUGAAGAUAAGUAGUCGAUUUUCAUCUAUCUUCGUCGCCAGCAAGUAGGAUCAUCAACCGAUUCAAUAUCAAGCAGUUGUGGUGACUACAAUUGGAAACCCGAUGGGAUCUAAGCGUUGUGCUGCCUUGAUGCUUCUCCUUGUCUAAUAAAGAUCGUCACAUGGUUGGCAGCAGUCGACUCUUUAUACCCUCUCGCUUGGGUCUGCAGAAAACGGGAGAUGAAUAAUGGAGGAGAUGGGGCUUGUAGCUGAUAGUGAAUUUGGGCAUAUCCAUAGCGAGUAAGUAUGUGGUUUUUGCACAAACAAGUAAGUUGCCUCUGAUGACCUAGAACAAUUAUGGGCUAUGUCGAGAUGGGCUCUUGCUCUGGGAUUUUUGUUCUGUAAAUGAUGGCACUUGUGGUCUGACGUGGGAUUGUGACCAACAUUAGACGUUCGUUCUCCUGACACUGAAGUUGGUCGAUGCCAUCAUCUAUCCACAAGUUGCAGUACUAAGCACUUUCAGUUUCACACUCAUGAUGUCGAUUUUCUUAAACUUCAGCUGCUCGACAGCCUGGUGCG